UCGUCUGGGUGGAGUGAAGUUCAGACAUGCACUAUAACAAAUUAGCCAAGAGGAGCGCGUAAUGGCUGAGUGAGAAAUACUAAGAGAUCUGAAAAUACAUCUCAUCACAAACCCAUCCAGGUCGUUACAGAGACGUUUACAGACACUGAGCUGAGAUGGGUGAAGUGAGCGAAGAGUCGCUGCUGGAUUAUUUCUACUCCACCGGAGGCAACUCAGGCAGAGUCAAAAAUGCAGACAUGCUGAAGACAUUUAAGCCUUUUAUUGGCCAUAGUGACUUGCAGUUACGUGCUAAAUACAGAGAGGAGUUCAAGCUCAUCAUUGACCGGAUCGCUGUGGUGAAGUCAGAGAAUGGUGAGAAGUACCUCGUCCUAAAGAAGAAAUACAGGCAGUUGCUGCAGGAGCGCGACACCAAACAUCAACAUUUGAGCCCAGCCAGGACAACGGCCACUGCACAGUGGGACGCAACGGACGCCUCGACGACGACGACGACGACGACGAAGACCUCUCCUCCCCACCACAAGGAACAACAGGAUGAGCUGAUGUCAUGUGGGGAGCCCGAGGGUGCUGCAGAGGACCAGCAGACAGGAGCAGUCACUCCUCUGCAGCCUCCCAUCAUCCGUAUCCAGGUACCCUCAGUGCAAAGCAGCGCGGAGGAUGAGCUGGACAAAGAUUCAGGGUCAAAGUCCGAGUCGGAGCAGGACGAGGAGUGUACGGGCAGCAUGGGCUCCGCUGCUGUGGCCCUGGAUCCUAUAGAAAAGGAGUGGAUCUACUCUGCUGCUGGCGCUCGAGUCCCUGACCUCUCUCAGCUGCUCAGACAGGACCCCUCGCUGGCGAACAAGAAGGACUUCACCUCAUUUACAGCUCUGCACUGGGCCGCCAAACAUGGCAACCAGGACAUGGCCUCUCUGGUGAUGAAUGCUGGUGCUGACGUCAACACCAAAUCACACGGAGGGUACACACCUUUACACAUUGCAGCGUUACACGGUCAUCAACAUAUUCUCGACCUGCUCAUAGGGACAUAUGGUGCCAAAGAAAACUUGAGGGACUACAGCGGCCAUCUUGCCUGCCAAUACCUAAACAUCAAAGAGACAGAGGGUGUAGAGGAAGAGUGCGAGCUGCAGUUUCAAGUCACUCAGGCCCGGGAGCGGAACAGGAACAGGAAGCUGGUAUCGUUGUUCCACUCCAAGAAGAAGUGGGGCUCAGCAGAGGAGCUGGCUCCAAUAGAGGAGGAGAGGACGGCGUCACAUCAGCUCGUCCUUCCUCCGUUCAGACCCAGAAAAUUCUCCCGCUGAGGAAGAACAGACGCCAGGGACGAUUUCUGACUUAUACUAUAUUGACACUUAAUGUAAACACCCCCGUAUAUACCAUGGAAGUAUUAAUACUGUAUGUGUAUAUUUAUUAUGUACGUACACACACACACACACACACACACACACACACACACCGACACUCAUUCCAUUCAUACACACCUAAUCGCACAUGCUUGCUGACGCACCUGAAAGCUCCACGUACUGAAUACAGAUGCUUUAACUUGAAUUGGAAGUGUUGCAGGUGAUGCUACGCUUAUACAUGUAUUAUCAAUAGUUAUAAUCACCAUAGAAGUGUUUCUCAAAGCCUUUUUAAUAACUGUUGCUAAAUGUGACAUAUGCCUUACAACUUCAAAUGAGCUCACAGCGAUUCUUUAAUCUCGCCUUUGCGUUAAAGUGAGCAGUGACCAAAUCAUCUACGUUCACGUUUACUCUGGAGGAGCUGGAGGAUAAAGCUGGUGAUAUUCUAUAUUUGUGUUACUGUUAGUUUGUCUCAAAAUGAGUCACAAAUAUGUUGGACACUGUAGUUUUUAGUAAACAGGAGUAAAUUGUGGAUUUGCUGGGGCCUGUUUUGAGCCACACUCGGUGUUGUGAUGUCGUAGUGAGUAUUUACAGCAACAGGACGGUGUAUGUGGCAUUAAUUCAAAUUAAACUAGAGUCCAUGUUCAUCGUAACGGAGAGACAAGUCUCCCAGUGCAACAGUGUGGCUCACUAAUGUCGUUUAGAUAAACGAGCACUAAUAAAAUAUAUCAGACAUUGGAUAUAGAGUUGAUACUUGGUAAAAGGGUCGAUUCAUUGUUGGUUUAGUUUUUUUUUUUCUCGUAGAUAUAUAAUAUCACCAGACCUCUCCUUUAAAGGAUCAUACUGGGGGGUUUGUAUGUUGUGGCCCGAUACAAAAGAAAAAAGAAAAAUUCCAAAAUGCAUCUUUAGUACUUAAAUUAAUUUCCUAGAUUCUACACAGCCACUGAUUUAGAUUAAUACGCCAAUAUAGUAUUUAAAUCCAUCUACAGAGACAUUCCAGUGAUCCUAUUUGCUGAAAAUUUGGUAUUAAUUCUGUAAUCGAUUAAUUAUUUUGAUCGAAUCAAAAUUAUACUGUCAUCUAAUGGCAACUUUUAAAAAAGUCUUCCUUGUUGAUGCAUUCAAAUGCUACCAGGAAACUGCAACAUCUGAGACUGAGACUUGAGAUACAGCUGCUUUACUUCACAGAUUCCUUUCCUUUUUUUAACCAAAUGUGUGUUUGUUUAUUGUUUGUUGUGGGUUUCUGAGCGGGGAUUUAACUUUAUAAAUAAGUAAGCCCAUGAAGGCACCAGCAAGGAACCCAACUUACAACUGAAUCAUUAUGACAAGCAACAGAGUAGUAAUUGAUGAAGUAAUCGAUAAAUAAAUGUGAAAUCUUUGCUGUGAUUUAUUAGCUAUUUCAAGCAAGGUUUCAUGUACAAUGAAGGUGCUCAGUCUUUAUACGAGUUUAUUUUCAUUCUGUUUUUGGAAAGUUGAAAAUCUUGAUUCUAAAAAGUGACAUUAUACUUUGAAAAUGGUUAGCACUGGUGUAAAGUGUUUGUGAUUAGUUAAUGGGCUUAAACAUAUAAAACCAUUGGUGUGUCUUUAAAUCCAGGCCACUGAGACAUUCCACAAAAAAAGGAUGCAUUAAAAAAAUUUUUUUAAAAAGGGUAGUUUUUGUUUUUAAUCAGCAUUUCAAACAUUACUACAAGGCUGGAUCAUGUUAUGCUUUAUGCCAAUUAGCAGUUAGCAUGUCUGUCAUAUCACUUUUGGUUAUUGACAGGUUGUGAUGGUUUUUUUGUUCGUCUGAUUCAAGACUCAUCUGCUGAUUUUCAAUUCAUUGCAGCUCUGUUACCGAGUUCCAGUUCCCUUGAAAACUGAUUGUAUUUUAUUUUGUAUACUAAACCCAGUGAAUCCGAGUGUUAUUUUAAACCUUUGCAAAUCGACUUUUGCACUGUUCCAGUGUGAAUCUAUGUCUUCUGGUUUAUUCUGCCAGUUUGUUUAAAAGGGCUUUUGUAUUGUUCAUUAUUUUCAUAUGUUGUGGACGAUGCCAAUUAUGUAAUCUAAAGAACCAGCCUCCAUUACAUCUUUUGCACAAUAUUUAUAUAAUGAAGAUAUUUUGGUAUUAAACUGUAUUUUAU